UCACCGCGGGAGUCAGCACUGAGGCAGGGAAGUGACUGGAGUGUAGACUCUGGAGGACCCCGGAGCUGGCGGACCUUGCUGGUGGGCGUGUGGAUACUUUUCCUGCUGGUUUUCGCUGCGGGCGCGAGCUAGUCGUCUUAACGCCGGACCCCGCUGCUGUCUCCAGAACUUCGGGUCAGCUGCAGGGGGUCCCUGGAGGAAGGGCGCAGGGCAGCGGCUGUGUUCCCACCCAGAGGCCGGGCUUCAGGGCCGUGGGUCCCGCCUGCCCCCUUGAAGUCGGGCCGAGUCGGUUGGCUUUGAGAGAGAGCGUGUUUCAGGAAACAUGUAUAUGAAAUACCUGGAAAAGAAAUAAAGAUCCAAAGAACAACUUCGGUUCUUAAUUCUUUUAAAAAGAACUUGCUGCCAAAAUGUCAGUGCACACUAUUCAUAAUAGAAAUAACGGUAUUUUCCUGGAAGUUCCUUCUUCCCAAAAGAGUUCAUCACUGAGUGGCGUCACUCACAGUAGCCAACUUAAAUUGCCUUUGAAGUCAGAUAUGUCAGAAUGCAAAAAAGAUGAUCCAUUAUUGAGAGCUGCAUGUAAAAUCAGAGACUUAAAUAGCACUUAUGUUAUUUCUGCCUGUAAAACAACAGGAGAUACAUCCCUUACCAUUAACCCCACAAGUAAAUUGACACUUCAAAGAAGAGCUACAAGAAGCAAAGAAUCCUCUUUACUUAAUGAGUCUAGAGACACAACUGAGAAAACGGCUGAAACAAGUCUUACUCUACAGCGUCGUGCUAAAACAGUGUCUGCGGAAAAGUGGAAAACACGGCAGAAUGUGGGAAAUGAAACAGAAAGUAAUUGUGCUUCACAGAGAACUAGGAUAAAUGUGAAGACCGUAAAUAACAAUCCAAGUUCUUUUGUUACAUCUCAUACACAGAUAGCAGAGGAUUCCAAAGACGUUGCAUUAAUGGGUGAUCAGAAAUAUAAAGAAACAUUUUCUGCCCUCAGUAGGGCAAAUGAAAAUACUGCGCUUAAGCACUCAAGCAGUAGCUCACUCAUGGGUUCCCAGGAUCAGAGAGAGGCUGGUAGACCAGGACCACUGGCAACAAAACUUAUCCAGAGUAACUUGAAUAUCAAAGUAAUGGGAACAGAAAACUUACAUCCUAGUGUUGGAAAGGACACUGCAAAAAAUUCAAGUAAAUUUGGAAGUUUAGACAAAAGAACUCCUGUGAAAUGUACGACAGAAUACAAAUCGACACCAAAGCAUGACCUGCCUCAUCCCAAGAGCCCAGGUACAUCAAUACUGAAAAAUAGGACACCUUGUUUUCAAGUUAAACAGAGGCCAAAAAAUUCUUUUUCAAGUAAAAGGGAAAUUUCUCAAAAAAAUGCGCUCCCUAUUGAAGAAGAAACUGCAGUUCAGAAUACCUCUACAGAAACAGACCUCUUGAAAGUAGAAAAUAGUCAAGUGACUGUGGCAGUACGUGUAAGGCCAUUCAGCAAACGAGAGAAGAUUGAAAAGGAAUCUCAGGUGGUCUUCAUGAAUGGGGAAGAGAUAAUUGUGGAACACCCUGACAUGCAGCAAGCUUAUACUUUUAUUUAUGAUGUUUCGUUCUGGUCUUUUGAUGAAUGUCAUCCUCUCUAUGCUAGCCAGAUGACUGUCUAUGAGACACUGGCAGCACCACUUCUACAAAGAGCCUUUGAAGGCUACAACACCUGCCUCUUCGCUUAUGGUCAGACUGGCUCUGGAAAGUCAUACACGAUGAUGGGAUUUAGUGAAGAACCAGGAAUAAUUCCAAGAUUUUGUGAAGAUCUUUUUGCUCAAGUAGCCCAAAAACAAAACCAAGAGGUCAGCUAUCAUUUUGAAAUGAGCUUCUUUGAAGUAUAUAAUGAAAAAAUUCACGACCUUCUGGUUUGUAAAGGUGAAAAUGGUCAGAGAAAGCAACCACUGAGAGUGAGGGAGCAUCCCAUUUCUGGACCAUUUGUUGAAGCUCUGUCAAUGAAUGUUAUUAGUUCUUACUCCGAUAUCCAGAGUUGGCUGGAAUUGGGAAAUAAACAGAGAGCAACUGCUGCUACUGGUAUGAAUGAUAAAAGCUCCCGUUCUCAUUCAGUUUUUACCCUGGUGAUGACCCAGACCAAGACAGAAAUUGUGGAAGGGGAGGAACAUGAUCACACAAUAACAAGCCGCAUAAACCUGGUAGACCUGGCAGGCAGUGAACGCUGUUCUGCAACCCAUACUAGUGGAGAUCGACUAAAGGAAGGUGUGAGCAUUAACAAGUCUUUGCUAACUUUGGGAAAGGUUAUAUCUGCCCUUUCUGAACAAGCAAACCGAAAGAGGAUUUUUAUUCCUUACCGUGAAUCUGUUCUUACAUGGUUAUUAAAAGAAAGUCUAGGUGGAAAUUCAAAAACUGCAAUGAUUGCUACAAUAAGUCCUGCUGCCAGCAACAUAGAAGAAACAUUAAGCACACUUAGAUAUGCUAACCAAGCUCGUUUGAUAGUCAACAUUGCCAGAGUAAAUGAAGAUGUGAAUGCUAAGUUAAUUCGAGAACUGAAAGCAGAAAUUGAAAAGCUAAAAGCAGCUCAGAGAAACCAUCCAAAUAUUGACCCUGAACGAUACAGGCUCUGUCGACAAGAAAUCACAUCCUUACGAAUGAAACUCCAUCAGCAGGAGAGAGACAUGGCAGAAAUGCAAAGAGUAUGGAAACAAAAGUUUGAACAAGCUGAAAAAAGAAAACGUCAAGAGACAAAGGAAUUACAGAAAGCAGGAAUUACAUUUCAAAUGGACAACCAUUUGCCAAACCUUGUUAAUCUGAAUGAGGAUCCACAACUAUCAGAGAUGCUACUAUAUAUGAUAAAAGAAGGAACAACUACAGUUGGAAAGUAUAAACCAAACUCAAGCCACGACAUUCAGUUAUCUGGGGUGCUGAUUGCUGAGGAUCAUUGUACUAUCAAAAAUUUUGGGGGGACAGUGAGUAUUAUCCCAGUUGCUGAAGCAAAGACAUACGUGAAUGGGAAACAUAUUUUGGAACCCACAGUGUUACAUCAUGGUGAUCGAGUGAUUCUUGGUGGAGAUCAUUAUUUUAGAUUUAAUCACCCAGUUGAAGUCCAAAAAGGAAAAAGGCUAUCUAGUAGAGAUACUUUCAUAAGCGAGGGUCCUAAAGACUUUGAAUUUGCUAAAAAUGAGUUACUCAUGGCACAGAGAUCACAACUUGAGGCAGAAAUAAAAGAGGCACAGUUGAAGGCAAAGGAAGAAAUGAUGCAAGGGAUCCAAAUUGCAAAAGAAAUGGCUCAGCAAGAACUUUUUUCUCAGAAAGCAGCAUAUGAAAGCAGAAUACAAGCACUAGAAGCAGAACUGAAAGAAGAAUCUCAAAGAAAGAAAAUGCAGGAAAUAAAUAACCAAAAGGCUAAUCAUAAAAUCGAGGAAUUAGAAAAGACAAAACUGCAUCUUGAACAGGAAGUAUAUGUCAAUAAAAAGCGAUUAGAAAUGGAAACUUUGGCUACAAAGCAGGCUUUAGAAGACCACAGCAUUCGUCAUGCAAAAAUUCUGGAAGCUUUAGAAAAUGAAAAGCAAAAAAUUGCUAAAGAAGUACAAAUUCUACAGCAGAGUCGGAAUAAUAGGGAUAAAAGUUUUACAAUUCAGUCAAGUUGGAACUCCAUGAAAGUCUCAAUGAUGAUUCAGGAAGCCAAUACCAUCAGCAGCAAGUUAAAAAAACACUAUGUUUUUGGCAGGCAUGAUGCUCCAGAUAAAGGUCAUUCUGAGACAUCUAUUCGAGUUCGUAACCUGCAGCUUGGGGUCUCAACUUUCUGGAGUCUCGAAAAGUUUGAAUCUAAACUUGCAGCAAUGAAAGAAUUUUAUGAGAGUAAUGGUAGUAACAGAGGUGAAGAUGUUUUUUGUGAUCCUGAAGAUGAAUGGGAACCUGACAUUACAAAUGCUCCAAUUUCUUCAUUUUCUAGAAGGAGGAGCAGGAGUUUGAUGAAGAAUAGAAGAAUUUCUGAUUGUUUACAUGAUGUACACGUCCACCCAGUUCAGAAUCUAUGUUCUUCACAUUCAUCAGGUUUAAUGGAGAAGUCAAGCACCAUUUACUCAACUUCAGCAGAAUCAUUUCUUCCUGGAAUAUGCAAAGAAUUGAUUGGUUUUUCAGUGGAUUCUCUUGGACAUAGUUUUGAUGAAGAAAAAACUAUAGCAGAUAGCCUGAUGAAUAAUCUUUUAAAAAUUUAUAACGGGCUACUUACCAUCUCCAAAGCUCAUGAAGAACAAGAUGAAGAAAGUCCAGAUAACUUGUUCUCCUCGGAUCGAGCAGUCCAGUCAUUUACUAUCCAGAUUGCUUGCUGUUUUGAACAGCUUGCAGUUUUAAUCAAACACUGGCUGAAUGAUUUUCUGCCUGGUACCUGCAUUGCAAACCUGGAAGAUGAAUUGAGACAAGAAAUUAAAAAACUGGGAGGCUACUUACAGUUAUUUUUACAGGGAUGCUGUUCAGAUAUUUCAUCAAUGGUAAAAGAAUCUCAGAAAAAAGUGAUCCAUAUCAUACGACAAGCUGUUAAAUAUGUGGGGAAGUUGGCAGUUCUGAAAGGGAACAAGCUCUACUUUCUGGAAAGUAGUAAUAAUAAGGCUGCCAAAGUCCAGGAAGAAUUUAUAGAUGCUGUUUGGGAUGGUGUAGGCUCAGGAAUGAAGAUUCUGUUAGAUUCUGGUCUGGAAAAAGCAAAAGGACUUCAGCAUGACCUCUUACGGGAAAGUGCACAAAAUGAGGUUACUGAACAGAUGAAAGCAAAUGCCAUUGAAUUGAUCAGAUUUCUUGAAAAUAUCUUUUCUGAAUGGAAAACAAAAAGCUUCAGAACUCAAGUACAAGAAGAUGAUUCUGGAUACCAAGAUUCCAAGAACAUAACUGAUCUUGCCCUAAAAUUCUUGAAGUUAAGCCACUGCUUAGAGAAAAUCAUUCAAAUUAGUAUUUCUGCACUGAGAGGAUGCUGCAGUGAUGUGCAUCUCCUCAAGAACUGUGUUGAAACGAUUUGCACCUUGGUCAAUGAUGUUUGUAGUGACUUCAGGGAGUCUUCUACUUCUGUUGACCAUUGUGAGAAUAAAAUAUCUCAAGUUGGCCACAGGGAACUAGAAUCUCUAGCUAAGUCGCUUCUCUUAUGUUUUGAAUCUGAAGAAAGACCUGAUUUAUUGAAACCCUGGGAAUCUUGCAAUCAAGACACUGGAGGAGAAGAAGAAAAAGAAAAAUCUAACUCAAGAUGGACUGGCUACAAAAGGAAUAAAGGUGUACCCAAGCGUGUCUAUGAACUGCCUGAGGCAUCUCCAGCUGUGAGCUCAGAGGUAUGCACACCCAGUAGGAUUCAGUGGGUGUGACUGCCAAGGCUGCACACUUAAUGACCAUCAUGAAAGAGAGAAGAGUUAGUAGGCAUUUUCCUUGUGCAGGAGAACAUAAAAAGAAAUCAGUGUAAUUAUUUCAGUGAAGUUCAUGUGUUUUGGUAGCCUUGCAUUGGCUCUGAACAGUGUAAGCAUUACAAAAUCCUAGUUUUUGUCAACAUGCACUCAGAAGUUUCUCUGCACACAGUUUUAAACAGGGUAUUUAUGAUAUAUGGAUUUUGAGACAACAGAAAAUUUCUGUAAUCUGGGAUGCAGACCCACAUGAGUGGUCUUGAAUUUGAAGUGUUUGUCUUUAAGUUUGAUAUGCUGUCUUUGGCCAGUUUGUUAGUCUGUUUGCAAACGGUUAUUUCCUUCUGAACAGAAACCUGACUAGUUACUUACCUCCUGCACAUAGCUCAGAUAAAGUUUAUGAUAAAAUUGCCAGGGCCUGGAGAUUUAGCUCAGUGGCGCAGUGCCUGCCUGGCAAGCAUGGGGUUCUGAGUUUGAUUUCUGGUACCAAAAAAAUAAAAAAUAAAUAAAAUUGCCAGUGCAAGUUUAAAUAAGACAGCUUACUUGGCCUUUCUGAAGAAUAACCAGUUUGCUAUUUUGAGUCAUAUGUUUAAGGCAUACUUUUCUGUUUCUUUCAAGUUAGAAGUAACUACCUAAGUGUAGUAUAAUUAUAUAUUAAUACUAUGGCUUGCUAAUGUAAUAGUUUAUUAUGUUAUCUAUGUUUCCUAAAGGAGAUGUAUGAAUAUAAUUUAAAAGUAUUAAAUAUUUCCAGAAUCAUACCUGAAAAAGAUGAGAGGCUGGCAUUUUUCUUGUUGCUUGUUUUGUUAAAAGUGUAAUGAGAAAGUUUGUAUGUAAUUUGAUAGAGAUUAAAGAUCCUUAUUAUCGUUCACAGCUUUAAAAA